CAAAGUUUGUUAGACUGCACAUUUUAUGGAUACAGACAUUGGGAGCUAAAUUAUAGCAUCAGUAUUGUUUAAAUAUCUAAUAAAAUGAGAUAGUUGGUAAGAGGUACUUUUGAUCACAGAUAUACAGUUUGAAAGUUAGAAAAUAGUUUUUUUUUUUGCUGUAGUGGUUUUCCCACAGUGUUAUCACUUCUAGAUUUACAUUGCUUUGAAAAUGUUUUGUCUUUCUCUUCUUUAAUUUAGAAAUAUUUUGCAAUUGACUGACAACAAUAAGUUUCCUCAGUGCGUUAAUGAGGGGGAUAGCCCUGUGAUCAAAGGGGGUGAUAGUAGUGAAUGUGAUAAGUCAUGAUUGUCACAGCCUCUAAUGGUCACCCUACUGUGACCUCACAAAAUGUGUUUUUGGCCAUAACUCAAUAAUUCAUAUCCUAAUUCUGACAAUUUAAGGCAAGUGUCUAAUAGGAUUAAAUGAUAAAGUGAUGACAUUUUGGACAAACAUGGAUGUAAACUACAACUUGACUGUUUGGCGAGGCAUACAACGUGAGGUGGUAAUUCUAGUUUAAAACUUGAACUGCACUCUGCUCAUGCUAAGAAAGCAAAGAGAGCACUUGCCGCCUACAGUGCUAUGUCUGUGCUGGCUACUGCUUGUAGCACUAGAGCAUUGCUAUACCCUUAGUUGACUCGGAAACCCCAAGUUACAGGGCAACAGGCAUAUUUUAUGGGCUCUCAGUGGUGUGUAGAGUAUUUGACUGUGGGACCUUCAUAAACCCGAAGAGACAACAAAGUUGUCCUGCCAAGCACAGCCAAACACAGACGCCCAGGAGUCUGCUCAAGGUCUCUCCAACCACACGGCCCACUCCUUUUCCAACUUAGACUCAGGCCGAGAGAGAGAAACACGAGAGCAGCCCAUGACCUCUUCAGUUUACAGAGAAUCGCUCAGGAAUGGGAUGACUUUUUGACUUCAUAUUUUAUAUUUUAAACUUUUCCUGUCUCUUAAAUGACCAUGUCAUUAAAAGUUCCUUAUUUCUCCAGAUUAUUCUGAAGUAAUUGGAGCAAUGACAGUGCUUUUUUGUUUGUUUUUCAGACAUUGGUAGACAGGAUAUUGAGGUUGUUCACUAAACAUUCUGUUUUUCUCUUUCUGUGUCUGGCUUUAACAAUAAAUUGGUUUGUUCACUGCAUGGAAAAGAGCAACUACGGAACAAUGUCUCUGCCAUACAAUGAACUGCAUGGUAACUUUCUCUGUGUGUCACUUUUCCUGUCCAUUGUCAAAACAGGCGACGCAUCCCAACAUGCGGACAUACUAUUUUUGCUCUGACACAGCCAAAGAGAUGGAGUCUUGGAUGAAAGUAAUGACAGAUGCUGCACUUGUGCAUUCAGAGCCAGUGAAAAGGUUGGACAGGCUAAAAGUGGAGCAGUGUGGACCACAAGAGAUCAACCACGUGGCCAACCACAGGCCUCCUCUAACACAGCCUGAAAUCCAGAACAAUGAACUCAACCGCGAGGCUGACCGUGAGCGCACCGCAGCGGUCACCUCCACCACAGCAGACGAAGAGAGGAAGCAGCGAGACGCCGAGCGCUACGGCUUCCAGAAGGAUGGGGCGGAGCGCGAGCGCCCGCUCACCAAGAUCAACAGUAUCAAACUGCAGCCAGCCCAGGCCGCAGCCAUCAAGGCUAACAUCGCCUCGCCGCAGACUCCGGCAGAAAUGGACGGGUCACACCGCAGCCCCCAGGUCAAUGGAUCCGGUGAGCAUUGUCCCGCUGAGGCGACUGGAGUCCCUCCUCGGCGAAGUCCCCCCCAUGAGCCAGAACGCGGCAUGAGUAGGACCAGCUCUAUGCAGCAACUGGAGCAUUGGGUCCGCACGCAAAGAGGACGCAACCAGGAUGAUGACACCAGGAGCAUUACGUCAUACCAGACGCUGCCCAGAAACAUGCCCAGCCAUCGGGUACCCUAUAUGCCUCAUUAUGGCGACGGCUACUGCAGUAUGCCCAGGAAUAGCAUGGCACAGCGGGACAGCAUCUGCAGCAUGUCGCCAUCGUUGUACGACCAAGCCAUGGGUCCCUCAGGUGACAAGCGUCGCUCCAUGCGCGACGACACCAUGUGGCAGUUAUUUGAGUGGCAGCAAAGACAGGGGUACCCCCCUAGACCGCCGGGGCUCUACAGCAACAUGGCCAGUCCCAAAACCAUGAUCAACCUGUCGGAGCACGCCGCACCAAGCCACUCCAUCCCCCCAUCUCCCUCCCACGGCUCCCUGUCUAUGUACGGCGGCUACUCUCCGAUGAGAUCCUACAACAUGAACAGUGCUCGUUCAGAGGUGUCCUCUCCCAUUUACAGAGGAGACAUGAGCAUCGACAGACGGCACCGGCCACAACUCAACAAGCAGUAUGCCUACCCACCUGAUAGGAGGUCUAUGCCUGCAGGGAUCCCAGUACAAUCUAUCAACUCCCAGUCUCUCCAAGGCAAAACACCUGAGGAACUGACUCUGCUGCUGAUAAAGCUGCGGCGGCAGCAGGCAGAGCUAAACAGUAUCCGGGAGCACACUGUAGCGCAGCUUAUGCAACUAAACAUGGAUGGCGACAACCCAAAGAACGACAUUCUCUCCCAUCACCUCCAAAGGAACCUCAUGUUUUUGGACAAUCAGAUGAAGGAAAAUGACCCUUUAAUCGUCAUGACUCACACUUUGAUUGAGAACUCUGCCCCAAGGCCUCAACUUUACCAGCAAUUGAGUCCAGAAGACUACAGGGAGCGCUCCUAUACAUGUAUGCCAGAAGAAGUGGACAUUGAUACCAAACUGAGCAGGUUGUGUGAGCAGGACAAAGUGGUGAGGACGCAGGAGGACAAACUUCAGCAGCUGUACAGAGAGAAGCACACUCUGGAGACAGCGCUGCUCUCAGCCAGCCAGGAGAUAGAGAUGGGCACUGAUAACCCUGCUGACAUGCAGAGUGUUAUCCAGCAGAGAGACUUACUGCAGAGCGGCCUGCUGAGCACCUGCAGAGAGCUCUCCAGAAUUACAGCUGAGUUGGAACGGUCGUGGAGGGAGUACGACAAGCUGGAAGGAGAUGUGACUCUGGCUAAGAACAACCUCUUGGAACAGCUUGAAGCGCUGGGAAGCCCUCAGACGGAGCCUCCCAGCCAGCAGCAUGUACGCAUCCAGAAGGAACUUUGGAGGAUUCAAGAUGUGAUCGAGGCCCUCAAUAACAAUAAAGCUCAGAGAAUCGCUGAUGGUGUGAGCAUGUAUGGGUCCAAGAGCAACUUCAGCAAGCUCAAAAAUGAGAACUACUCUGUACCAGAUGGUGGUUGCCCUGAGCGUGCGUGGUGGCGCCAUGUGUCACCUUGCUUCCUGUCCUGUGAUGCCCUGUAUAAUCCCCAGGAGGAGGACUCGGUACCCCCACGGCCACCCCUACCCCAGUCCUAUGAGCCCAACCCCCCCAACGUGCCCCCUAUGCCCUCUCAUGCUGGUGUGCGCCCUUCAUCACUCCACAGGCCGGAGGACAGGAAGGCCGGCCACAGGAAUGGCACGCACAGCGGCCCAGACUACAGGCUGUAUAAGAGUGAACCAGAGCUCACCACAGUGGCCGAAGUGGAUGAGAGCAAUGGAGAGGACAGAUCUGAACACCCUGAUAGAGAACAACACAAAGGGAUGUCCUACCCAGUUGGCAUUGUCCCACCCAGGACCAGAUCUCCAGUGCCUGACUCUUCCUCCAUAGCUUCAUACGUUACCUUAAGGAAGACCAAAAGGCCUGACCCCAGGACGGUGAGUCUAAUGGAGCGUCCACGCAGCGCGAUGGAGCAGCAGCUGUGUGCCGUGGAGAGCGGCCGGCCCAGGAUGAGCGUGGAGGAGCAGCUGGAGAGGAUCCGCCGCCACCAGCAGGGUGCCCUCAGGGAGAAAAAGAAAGGCGGCCACAUCCGGGGUAGCAGCCAGGAGAACACACCCUCUCGCAGUCACUCGUUUACGAAAGAAAACCAUUAUCGCAGCACGCAGUCCCAGAUGAGGCGCAGAGAUGGGGGGCUAAGCUGUGGCAUUGAGGAGCUGGAGGCCUCGCUCAGGCAGCAGGAGGUGGUGAGGGACCAGGAGACGCCCGCCGAGGAAAUCGCCCGUCUCAAAGAAGCCUCGCAGGCUGACCACUUAAAUAUGGACAGAGAGCUCUCCGUGCCUGACAAAGUGCUGAUUCCUGAGCGCUAUGUGGAGUCAGACCCCGAGGAGGCUCUGAGCCCGGAGCAGGAGGCUGAUAAGCAGAGGAAAGUUGAUCGCAUCAAAGCCCUCAUUGCCAAAAAUAGCAUGCAGAAUGUGCUGCCGAGUACGGCACUAAGCCCAGAGGAGGAGACAGAAGUGGAGGUUACCGUACAGGAGAAAGAGAAGAUGAUUAAUAUCUCCUACGAGCUGGCAGCAGAGGCCUCCAAACGCAGCAAGCUGGUAGCAGUGAAAAGCCCGUCGUCCUCUUCCCCACCCCUUCCACAGCCUCCUAACACACCCCCUCAACUCACUGACGGGUCUCACUUCAUGUGUGUGUAGUACAGUAGCACCACACAGGCUCUGGCCUCAGUGAAAACCUAUACAUGAAGGAAACAGCAGCGGAGGUGUAAAGAUGCCCCUGAAGACUUCCCAAAGGACAUCAGCACAAGGCCUCGGCCUACAGAGAGUGAAACUGCCUACUCCGCACUCUGGGGUGUUGACCUCUGACUUCUGUAUGCUCACUGUGACGUCUUAAGCUCUUAUGCCACCAACAAACACUUUCUCUGUGACAUUUCUCUGUUAUUCCCCCUCGUUGGGGCACCACACAAUAUACUGUUAUUGUUGCAGUUCCAUUUUUCAGUUUUUACAAGGCUUUUUCAUUAUUUAUAUGGUUUUAUUAGGUCCUUGUUUGAGUAUGGGCCAACGUCUGUCUGUAUAUAUAUAUAUGAGGCUAAUAGACUGAGCUCUGUUGUGAGCCUAAGGGCCUGAGACGAAAUGUUUUGGGCACAUUUUCCAUUCAUGUUUCACCACCUGUCCUAAAAGGUUUCAAAAACAUAUUUUCACAUAAUUUUAGUUUGCUUUUAUAAGUCACUCAGUUUGUUUUUUCAGACAUUGGUCAUUAACUAAUCAUUCAUAUUUAUCCAUUUAUUGUAAAGAACAUUUGUGGAUGCGAAAGAUGACUUUAUAAGAGAUGUAGAUCCCUCCAUUAUAGCGAAAGGAGGAGACACUUUAUUGCUGCGUACAAAGAUUAUUUGUAAUUUCUCCUGUUUCUGGGUUGUAAUUAUUUAAAAAUGGGAUCUUCUGCAGUCCCCGUCGCAUUGUUGCCGACACAUAUGUGAAUGUUUAAGUCACUCUAUACUGUCUUUUUUUUAUUGCUGAGAGAUAUAUUUAAAUUGAGAGAAGGAAAAAGAAAUCCGAGUUUGGUUCUAUUUUAUGACAUGUUGGUUUGAAGUCUUGGAACAAACAAAAAAAAAAAAGAUUAGCACAUGUAAAAAGCAAUAAAAAAAAAUUGUGGAUCCAGGAUUGUGUGUGUGUGCGUGUGUGUGUGUACAAAGUGUAAUUAUCAGAGGUUUACUGUGUAUAUAAUGUACAUGGUACAGCAGGAUGGGACGAUGUAUCCAACAUAUGGUUACAUACUAGAUUUGACUUGCAAAUGUUCAUAUCCCAUCUGUUUUAUAUCAUGUUAAAUAAAUGUUGCUGUUCUUAA